UUUGACUGCACACAAGAGAAGAUAUGCAAGUUUGUUCACACUGCUGUUGCUUUGGUUUGCACGGUGAAGCCUGCUGUGUGCUUAACGCUAACCGACUUGCAAGCUAACGUUAGUUAGCUCACAGCAAUGUCAACGUGGCGUCGGCUGCAUGUGAAGGUGGGGACGGCUCAUGGAUUACUCACCUCCAGACCAGUGACACCCCGGCACACAUGGCUGUGUGGACAUCUAACAUCAUGUCAAAGCCUGAGCACAGGCACACCUCUCCGAAAUGACUUCUUCAAAGACCUGGAGGCCCAGCUGGCAGCUAUGAGGAAGAAGGCGUCGGACGCUCUGCCAGGGAGCGACUGGAGCCCCCUUCAGAUAAACCAGAACCUUCCGCCGGAGAGAGCCGACAUUGUGAUCGUCGGAGGAGGUGUGGUGGGCUGGUCCAUCGCCUACUGGCUGAAGCAGAAGGAGAAGAGGAGAGGAGCACUUAAAGUUGUUGUGGUGGAGAAAGACCCAACGUACUCGCAGGCCUCCACCGUGCUGUCUGCUGGGGGGAUCCGACAGCAGUUCUCCCUGCCCGAGAACAUCCACCUCUCCCUGGCCUCCGCAGACUUCAUGAGGAACAUCAAUGAACACCUCAGCGUGUUGAAUGAAGACCCGGUGGACCUGCAGUUCAACCAGUCAGGAUACCUGUUCCUGGCCAGCGAGGAGGUGGCUCACAUCAUGGAGGAGAACUACAGCACCCAGAGGAGCGCUGGAGCCAAAGUUUCACUCCUCUCGCCGACACAACUGAAGGAGAAGUUUCCCUGGAUAAACACUGAGGGCGUGGUGCUCGCUUCAUACGGGCUGGAGAACGAGGGCUGGUUCGACCCCUGGACUCUGCUGAACGCCUUCAGGAGGAAAGCCGUCUCUAUGGGAGUCAUUCAGUGCUGUGGAGAAGUUACAGAUUUUAAACACAUGACAAACGAGAUGACGACCGUUGAUGGUGAAUGUUUGGGCUUCAAGAGAAUAAAGUCUGUCAAAGUGCAGAUGCCAAACAGCCUGGAGUACCAGCUGGUGGAAUGUGCCAUUGUGGUGAAUGCAGCAGGAGCCUUUUCUGGUAAACUGGCGGAGAUGCUGGGAGUUGGCUUCGGCCCCAGGGACACCAUCGCUGGAAUUCCGCUGCCCGUUGAGCCUCGGAAAAGGUAUGUGUUUGUGGUCCACUGUCCUGAUGGUCCAGGUCUAGACACGCCCUUCGUGAUUGAUUACUCUGGAGUUUACUUCAGGAGGGAGGGGUUAGGAGGGAACUACAUCGCCGGGACGUCUCCGCUGGAGGUGGAGGAGCCUGAUACCAGUAACCUGGAUGUGGACCACCAGUUUUUUGAGGACAAGAUUUGGCCCAACUUGGCCAAUCGCGUCCCUGCCUUCGAGAAACUGAAGGUGACCGGAGCCUGGGCAGGUUUCUACGACUACAACACCUUCGACCAGAACGGCAUCAUCGGGAUUCACCCGCUGGUCAACAACAUGUACUUCGCCACCGGUUUCAGCGGCCACGGCCUGCAGCACUCGCCGGCGGUGGGUCGUGGCGUGGCAGAACUCAUCAUUGACGGGAACUUUAAGACGCUGGACCUGAGCGCCCUCGGGUUCAGACGGAUUCUGGCCCAGGAGCCCAUGCUGGAGAGGAACAUCGUGUAGAGGAGCUGGAACCUGGACUCAACUGUUACGACUCUGGUUUUAUCUUCAGAGUUUCAGAUUUUUAAUCCUGGAGAAGAUCAUGCAUCCAAAGUUAUAAAUGUUUUAAUAUUCAGUUUCAUUUUAUUUUUAGUUUUGACUUUUAGAGUUCAUGUUAGUUUAGUUUUUUGCUAGUUUUAGUUUAGUUUUUCGGAAAGGUUUAGUUUUAGUUUUACAGUAGUUUAUUUUUGUUCAGGUCAGGCAUAUAUAUUAGCACACAGUACAUGAACAGUACUUUUACAAAAUGUGCUUAAUGCUAAUGUCCUAUAUACAUGUAGCAUGAAGGGGAAACAGCUUCCAUGUGCAGCCUUGUGUUGUAAAAUGACAAUAAAUGAACUUUGGUACCUUGUUGCUAAAAAAACAAAACA